UCCUGCAGAACUUGAGCACAAUAUUAUAAAAGGAAACUGUGGAAGCAUUAACAAGACUAGCUGCUUAAAAGAGUUUCAUGAGGACGUGCUCAAAGCAGCUCCUGAAAACACUGCAGACAUGCAGGCUCACUGCAAACCAGGUAUCAUUGUGGGAUUGCUGCUCUGGUGCUGUUCCUUGGCAGACGGUUCUUGUAAAGCUGGAUUCACCUUGUUAAAUGGUUCAUGUGCUGCGCUCUGUACUGUCCCCUCCUGUGACACCACACAAUACCAUUUAGUGACAACUCCGAAGACCUGGACUGAAGCGCAGAACCAUUGCAGAAGCAAUCACACAGACCUGGUCACUGUGUACACCAAGGAAGAAGCAGAGCACCUGUACAAUAUAACGAAAAAUGCUUCGGCUGGACGCAUCUGGAUCGGGCUGCAUCGUGACAACUGGAAGACACCCUGGAAGUGGUCUGAUGGAGGGAUUUCAUCAUUUCUGCACUGGCAAAAAGGGAGCCCAAAAUACCAGGAAGACGACAACUGUGUAAUCAUGCUUCACUUAGCGAACGGUCAAUGGGCAGAUGUGAAUUGCAGCAUUCCCUUCCACUUCUUUUGCUAUACAGACAUUGAUGAGUGCGCCCAAACCCCCUGGCUCUGUGGUCCGAAUGCACAAUGUACCAACACUGUCAGAAGCUACACCUGCUCCUGUAAUCCUGGAUUCUUUCCUAAUACUGGAUUGAGAUGGAUACUCAAUCAAACACGGUGUGAAGACAUUGAUGAGUGCGCCCAAACCCCCUGGCUCUGUGGUCCGAAUGCACAAUGUACCAACACUGUCGGCAGCUACACCUGCUCCUGUAAUCCUGGAUUAUUUCCUAAUACUGGAUUGGAAUGGAUACUCAAUCAAACACGGUGUGAAGACAUUGAUGAGUGCGCCCAAACCCCCUGGCUCUGUGGUCCGAAUGCACAAUGUACCAACACUGUCGGCAGCUACACCUGCUCCUGUAAUCCUGGAUUCUUUCCUAAUACUGGAUUGAGAUGGAUACUCAAUCAAACACGGUGUGAAGACAUUGAUGAGUGCUCCCAAACCCCCUGGCUCUGUGGUCCAAAUGCACAAUGUACCAACACUGUCGGCAGCUACACCUGCUCCUGUAAUCCUGGAUUAUUUCCUAAUACUGGAUUGAGAUGGAUACUCAAUCAAACACGGUGUGAAGAUUUAACAAAGAUCCAAGAUGGGAAAACCUGCAACAUUCCAAUUAAUACAGGGACAUCGAGUCACCUAAACAGUUCCUCGGCCUGGUUUUGUCUCAUCACUAACUUCAAUUCCACUAAGUUUACAUCUGGAUAUCAGGUGCAGCAAGUGGCUGUUGUUUUAAGCUCUGCUCUGAACGACACUUCCUUGUGGAAUAACCUGACCAGAGGUGAGAAGUCUGUUGCAGCUGAAGCAUACCUGGACACUGUAGAGAGGGCAGUGCUGCAGUUGACUGAGCCUUCAGAUGCUCUGUUAAGGAAAAAUGUGCGCUCAGACAAUCUAGAUAUGGAGUUGCUGAUUAUACCAUUCAAACACAACACGUCAGAGGAACAGUUACGAGCCAAUAAAAAUACACUGGAGAUUAAGUUGGGAAAAUUUAUGGAAGAGAAUAAGCAAGGUCAGGUAACAGUUGGGUUUGUCUCAUACACUGGGAUGGAGUCUGUCUUGGAUGGGAGCUUUUACAAGAAUCAAUCAUCUAUCCAGUUAAACUCACAAGUGGUCACUGCUACUAUAGGCAGAAACCACCACAAACUUUCAGAGCCAGUCCAUUUAACCUUCCAUCACAAUGAGUUAAGGAAAACCAAAGAGGAGGUGAUAUGUGUCUACUGGAAAUAUAAAGGGAAGGAAAGCUCUUGGUCCACCGAAGGCUGCACAAAGUUACACUCCAACCAAACACACACUGUGUGCAGCUGUGACCACCUCUCCAGCUUCGCUGUAUUAAUGGCACUAGACGAAUCACAGAUGCAAGAAAAUGUUGCCUUGACAGUGAUCAACUACAUUGCAGUGAUCGCAUCCCUGGUCUGCCUCAGCCUGGCUAUCUUUACAUUCCUAUUCUGCCGUUCGAUCCAGAAAGCCAACACCACCAUUCACCUGCACCUGAGUGUCUGUCUCUUCCUGGCUCACUUCCUGUUUCUAGUUGGGGUGUCCAGAACCGAAAAUAAGGUGCUGUGUGCAGUCAUAGCUGGGCUCCUGCACUACCUCUUCACAGCCAGUUUUGCCUGGAUGUGCCUGGAGGGAGUGCAGCUCUACCUGCUGGUGAGAAACCUGAAUGUGGUGAAGUACAGCAGCAGGCAGGGGCUGCGAAGGAGGUACCUGCUGCUGGCUGGGUACGGCUCUCCUGCUCUCAUCGUGGCUGUGUCUGCUGGAGUCUUUAAGGAGGGGUAUGGGACCGACACAUUUUGCUGGCUGAGUCGUGACAGAGGAUUUGUCUGGAGUUUUCUUGGUCCUGUUUGUGUCACAAUCGCUGUAAACACCAUUCUCUUCAUUGCAAUUCUCUGGACUUUGAGAUCGCAAAUGUGUGGCCUCAACGCGGACGUGUCCAAAGUGAAAGACACCAGACUGCUGACUUUCAAAGCCAUUGCACAGUGCUUCAUCAUGGGCUGCAGCUGGAUCCUGGGAUUCUUUCAAGGAUUGGAGUUCUUCAGAUUUGCGUUUGUCAUUAUUAACUCACUGCAGGGUCCCUUUAUUUUCCUGGUGCACUGUGUGCUAAACCAGCAGGUGAGAAUGGAGUAUAGGAAAUGGUUUGGAUGCAUCUACAAACAGAAGGACAGCUCAGAGCUUACAUCUUCUGCAGUUCCAAAGGGAAACCUAAUGGAUGGAACCACAACAGAGACUGAGCAAUAAUUGCAGCUCUAAGCUCAGGGGAGUACAUGUGCAAUGGAGUAAAGAAAGUCAAUAGACAUCACUGUUAAAGAAUGAGUGGGAAAUUGCCCUUCUAAAAUUUUAGGCAAAAAUCUAAGAGGUUUUAUAUAUUUCUGAAAAAAUCAAACCAUGUUUUUUGCCCAAAUUUGCAAUAUUUUUUACUUGUCUCUGUUUUGAACCAAGCUGAUUUUUUAAAGGUGGUAACAUAAGGUCACAUUGUGAUAAGCUGCCUAUCCACAAAAUGCGAAUGUCUCCAUUACAUGCCCUCCUUCAUGGCACCGAUCCUUUGCAGGCUUUGGGUAAUUAUAGGCUUUACAUUCUAAAGCACUAAUAAUUCAUUAAGACACUUUAUUGUCAUUGUUUUUAAUAUAGUCAAUCACAAUUUUAGAGUUGAAUCAACUGGUUCAUUAGGGUAUCAAUCCAAGAGUGAUGUUAAUAUAUCUAUUUCAUUAUGUGUGUGUUUUUUUUUAAAUAAUUGCACACAUUGUUCUGUAGGAAUGUGUAAGCACUGAACGUGCUUGGACUAAAGGCUUGACCUCCUCAAAUGUAUACACUGCCCCUGCAGGUGGGGAUGAUGUAAUCUAAUAGAGAUCAAGCUUUAAGUGAUGUCUUACUUCUGUCUGCACCUAAGCUUUGCAGCUGAUGUGAUGUUCCAAUGCAAAUCCCUUCCCCCGCCCUCAAGCUGGUGCGCUUUGCCUGAGGAUUCUCAACUGUGCAACAGUGCAAAUUAUAACAUUUCCAAUUCUCAGCUCCACUAAUGUGAAAUCUAAAAUGACAGUAAUAUUUACAACAUAUACUGGUAAGAAUGUCUUAACGCACACUCUGUUGUGGGUUAUAAUGCUUAGAAAAUUGUUCUGUUUAUUUUGUAAAAAGAAAAAAAAAACAUAAUAAGAUUUUAAACAAAAAUAUUUGCAACAGUGCCAUAUACCUUGGCUGUGGAGACAACAAAGUGACUUGAAGAAUUUAUUACUGGUGAAGUCAUUGUUCAUUUAUUUUUGUACAAGAUAGGCACAUUUAUUAACUUAUUUAUGUUUAUACUUCAGUUGAUGUAUUGCUUUUUCUGAAAAAUACAAAAAUGUAGAAUAAAACUGCUUACCAA